AUGAUCAAGAUUUGGUCAAUCAAAAAAGAUAACGCGCAAGCCGAGAAAAAGAGACCUAAAGUUAGUGCUGCUCAGAUUCGUGUGCAAAAGGACUUGACUGAACUGGCACUUCCUGACACGAUGCAGAUGAUUUUCCCCGAUGAAUCAGAUUUGCUCAAUUUCAACCUGUCUAUAAAGCCAGAUGAAGGUUUUUAUAAAGGUGGCGUCUUCAAAUUCACAUUCAAUAUAAACAACAAUUAUCCUCAUGACCCACCAAAAGUUCGGUGCAUUCAAAAGAUUUAUCAUCCUAAUAUCGAUCUUGAAGGGAAUGUAUGCUUGAAUAUUCUUCGUGAAGACUGGAAACCUGUGUUGAAUCUUAACUCGGUCUUGGUAGGACUGCAGUAUCUAUUCUUAGAACCUAAUGCAGAUGAUCCACUCAAUAAAGAUGCCGCAGAAGAUUUGAGAAUGAACCGGAAAAAUUUCGAAUACAAUGUAAAACAAUCGAUGAAGGGAAAAGAUGUGAAAGGAAUCUAUUUUGAAAAUGUUUUGGCUUAA